AUGUCUUUCACCGCCGAACAGCUGCAGGCCAUGGUCGCCGAGGUCAUGGUCAUGUACCCAGAGCUGGCCACGAUGAACUGGACCACAGUCCCGGGUACCAAUUACUCGUACCCGAUCUCAACCCCAUGGUGGAGUUUUGAGGAGUUUGUCUCCUGGAUCUACUUUGUCCACCCCAUCGGAGUGCAACAGCACAAAACGGGAGGACCAGGACAGGCAUUCAUUCCGUUGAUGAUGGGCGUGUUGAUAGACGGCCUCCUCCUAGGUGUUCUAUGGGGCCAAGCAUACUGGUGGUGGAACAACUCGCGGCACAAUGAGCGUCCGAUCAUCAAGUCUGCUGUCAUCGGUCUGGUCGUUUUCUCAACUGCAGUGUGGCUUGUUGCCGUAGUGUGGAUUUGCUACCUGUUCGGCUUCAACUACGGCAAGUACGUACCCUUCACGGAACAUCGCUGGUACGCAAGCUUCCCAUUCCUCAACUCGAUCAUCGUCUGCAUCGUCCAAAUCUUCUACGCUGAGCGUGCCUACAAGAUGAUGGGCAAGAAGAAGAUUGUUAUCGGACUGGUCAUUGUUCCUCUCAUGGUCGCUUGCGUCGGAGGCACUGGUAUCUUGCUUUUCAGCAACAUCACCAACGAGAUCCAAGGUCCCAUCUACAUGAACUUUAUGUGGUGCUGGAUUGCCGGCAUGCUGGCGUCGGACAUUGUCGUCACCGCAAUUGUCCUGUGGACAUUGUUCAAGAACCGCUCCGACUUCCAACAGACCGACAACUUGGUUUUGCGUCUUAUCCGCAUCUCUUGCGAGUCUCAGCUCCCCCCAACCUUGCUGUCUCUUGCCUUCCUCAUCACGUAUGCCGCCAUUGGUGUCAACUUCUUCCUGAUCUUUUUCGGUAUCCUCGAGCCCCAGUUCUACUCGAUUGGUAUGCUCUACGUUCUUAACUCGCGCACACUUAUUCGUCGCGACAUCAACCACCCGACUCACACCAACAGCCGCGGCGGUGGUGGCGGUGGUGGUGCCAUGGCGUACACUCUCAAGAAGCAAACGGGAAGCCGCACACAGGACGGCGGUCCCUCGGGAAUCCACGUGCAGACUGACACCUAUGUCGAGAUGCACCACUUCCAGCCACACCACGUCAACAAUGUUCUCAAGCCCAAGAUCAGGGACGAGUAUGGGGUCAAGCAAAUCGACGAGGAGGCAUCGUUUGAGCGCUCCGAUGACGAGGACGCCACGGUCAACAUCAGCGAGGUCGGCCUCACUCAGCCGGUUGCGUACGGCGAUAAGCCGUACAGCGGCGCGUUCUAA